UCAAUGUAUUAGAAACAUGGCGUUAGGCCAUGACGUGAUAUUUCAAUCUGCGAGCAUUAUUUGGAUUUUUGCACUAUUUCUAACUGAAUCCGUCAGCAAAAAGACACAGACAUAUUAUAUGGAUGACACCGAUUGUGGAGAUGGAAAAUACCUAGGGGGCGCUUCAGUAUAUUCACACCAACGGCAAGAGGGCGAUUUUUAUAGAGACAGAAUCGAAUGUCGGAUAACUUUCAAAGCGGAAAAUGACGGGUGGAAGCUACGCCUUCAGAUUCUGGAGUUGGACAUACCCGACAAGUCAGAAAACUCAUAUAUAUGUAACGAUGCCUUGUAUGUUUAUGAUGCAAAUACUAUUAUAGGAACGCCAAUGAAAGAAGCUGGUGGUAACACCGGAUUAUGUGGACAAAAAAUACCACCUGUUAUGUACUCAACAGGACCCUACCUCACAGUAUACUUUAGGACGGAUGGGGAGGGAGAAAAAGGGAGAGGAUUCAAGCUUAUUAUUACAGCAUUUAGUGAUGAUUAUAAAGUACACAGUUCAUGUGGUGCCAACUUCCAGUGCGACAACACCUUAUGUAUAGAUGAGGAUUUAAAAUGUGACAAAAUCGACCAUUGUGGCGAUUACUCAGACGAGGCUUCUUUUAGCGGUGCUUCAUGUGAUAUCAAAGAAAAUAAUAUCCUUACAAAAUUCUUAUCCCUGGGGGUAACAGCUACGAUAGCCAUUUCAGUGGGGAGUAUAGUCGUCUUUGUGGUAUGUGUGGCGUGCGUAGCCUGUUUUUGCAUAAAAGGUUGUCGGAAGCCCAAUCAGCUCGAUCAGACGACUCCUGGUACAACAUCGACAGCGACGCACGUCGUACAAAAUGGGACGUCACAUAAUUACCAAAAUAAACAAGAAACUGUACAGUAUAAUCCUGUCUACACCCAUCAAGGCUAUCAUCCCAUGCAACCAGUCUACCCCAACACGCCGAGCACCACAUACUCCCAUUCUCCAUACGUACCGCAACGCGAAACGUACACGCCACAGUCGAACCCGCCGCCAUCUUACCAUCGGUCAUACACGCCGACGAGUAGUCGGUCGGCGAAAUCAAAUCGGUCAAACCCCGGAUCAAAUCAGAGCAACAGUGUCCAGUUUAAUUCAAAUCACGAAAAAGUGACAUUUCCAGUCCACGUAUAGGAUCCGAGUUGGAGAUAGAGACUCUUUAAGUUUUCUUCCGUGAGGGAUGUGAUUGCCUUCUUUUGGGCCAAUCCAUAACCAUCUGGGCCAAGAUUCGUAACCCAAGUCGUCGUUGUCACCAGGGCUUAAGGUGCCAUAGCCGCAAUGAUUUGUGUGCCAUAGCAUGAGUUUGUGUUGCAUCAACCACGCUGAACUGGAGUGUCAGGGUCAUUACCACACUGAACAGGAGCAUCAGGGUCAACCAUACUAACUGAAGUGUCAGUUUGACUUUAAGGUUAAGGACAGGGUUAAGGAUCAGAAGCCUGAAAUCAGCAAUCACAUCCCUCACGGCAAACGUUUCAUAGCUGCCAUAUGAUCAUAUGCACAUGACACUGUGUCAUAGUGCAUCUGCAUGAAAAAAAUUACAUAUUUCCUGUGUAUUUUGCUGGAUGGACUUUUGGAAAGUGCGGGGAAGAAUAUUGUAUGAGAAGCUCAUUUGCACUGGGAGAGUUCUUUUCAUAUUGGUCGCUUCUCUCCUUUGUCGUGGCAUCAAAAUUCAUUACUUGAAUUCACUUUAAUUGGAUGAUCAUAUGAAGGACUGUUAGGCAAAAUUCCCUAAAAGUCAUAUGGUUAAUGAGGACUUAGGUCAUUUUUCUUGCUACAGCCUUCAUUUUGUGUAACUGAUGCAAUUCAGGAAAACGUUGCAAGCAAUCCACGUUUAAGGGUUUACCAAAGCCAUCGCCAUUUUGGCCAGAACUUGAAAUCCUAAAGCAAUUAGAACUUCUUCAAAAUGAAGUGGAUGCACAUAAAAACCUGGGAGACUUUCGGGAAAAAAGGAGCAGACUCCCAACCUUGACAUUGGCAGAUUUCAUUUUGAAAGUUCUAAUUGCCUUCGGAUUUCAAGUUCUAGCCAAAUUUGCAGUGCCUAUCAGGUCAACCUUUAAAAACACCAUACUAUUUUCCAGAUUCUCUUGAUCUAGAUAAUGGGGAUUGCAUUGUCAAGACAUUAUCUCACACCAGUAUAGGAAGAUUUAGCAGAGUUUGCCAAAUGAUCUCGCUUUUGGCGAAAACUAUAGGAUCAGAGGAAGUGUCUUAAUUUACACCUUAGGUCUCUCAUAGCUGUCUACAGAAGUCUUAUUUGCAUUACAUGUCUGUACAAGCAUGACAUUUAGGAUUCUCCCUUUGACAUGGCUGUCAUUGCCUUGAAUGUUGACUAAUUCUUUGACUGUUAUCAUCUUCCAUGUGCAGUGGUAGCUAACUUCGCACUCACUGUAAAUACACGCAUUUAAUAACACUUUGUAUGUGUGGUGAAUAUUUUAGAUGAAACCUUGUCUCUGUAAAUUCACAUCACUGUUAAUGGAGGGCUAUAGUUCAUAUUCUCGUGCUUUUCAUAACGGAGCGAAUACUUUUCAGCCCUGCCUUUGCCAAAACAGUCUCUGCUAGGCUGUCCGUCGUAAAACUGGAAGGAUGUAUUUUGUUCUUCUUGAAAAAUUAUUGUUCCCUCUGAAACUGUCCUGAACUGGUUUAUCCGAACACUUGCAUAAUAUUGAAACCAGUUCCAAGAACAAUAUCUUGCAGUCGGCAUUCUUUUGAUAGAGGCCAUCUCAUACCAGUGAUCAUAUUUGGGUGUGGUUAGGUUGGCAAAGUUGAGAUAACACUUUAAACAGUGGAAAAUGUAGACAAUCACAUCCAGUAUGAUCGUUAUGUGACGUGGCCUUUAGUCGGUUAUGUUUUUUUCUCGCAUUAUGUGCAAUUUUUUUGUUCCUGUAGUAUAGAAUUAUAUAUUGCAGUGUGUUGCUCAAGCGUAAAAAAAUCUAAUGUUGGACGUCAGGGUAUUAGAGCAGGAUGGACGAACUGGCUACAAAAUGCUUGGCUUGUCUGUGUAGUUUUUGGACGCUCUGGGCAAAUAGUUGCUGAUGAAAGUUUUUGGUCAUGAAAAAAGUGCAUUUUCAAAUUUUUUCUUUCCUUUUGAUUCAAAUUUAAUGCAGAAGGCAACAUAAUUUGGCAUUUUGUAUAUGAUAUGAUUUUGGAGGUCAUUUGAUCAAUGACAAGAAUCCAAACUAGAAAUUAAAAUCUUAAAAAGCGUGACAUAACCAGGAUUGCAACAGACAAAAACAUCAACCAAAUGUUAUUGCUGGGUUACCAGAUGUGUAUCAUGAAAGCAUCUGAGCAUUGUGCUAGAAAGAUGAGCUUGACCUACUUUCACAUUUGACCUUGACCUACUUUUCUUCAGCAACUGCCCUCAUAGUCUUCUGGCGACUCCCAAGUCAACGUGGCCGGUUACCAUUUAGUGUUAUUAUGUAGUUCAAAUAGCAGUUGCUUUUCUAUCAUAUAUUGUACAUAGCAAAUGAUCUAAUUUAUACUGUUGAAUUGAAUUGAACUGCUGUAGUUAUUUGCCUACAGGGUAUUGUAAAAUGGCUGUAGAUGGUAGCUUUUCGGGAUAUGACAUGGUUGUUUUGGUGGCGAUCGACAACUGGAAUUGCAGGGUGUGAGCGUCUUUUUCUACGAUUGAUCUAGCAGUUGCGCAUGAUCAGAUAGCAUGAUAGACAUACGUUUGUUGAUAACAAUAAGUCAAUUCAUGUCUGAUGUCAAGGUAAUCUACUGUAAACUAUCAAAUUUUCACGGGUAUUUCGAAAAAAAAUUCUAAAAGAUCGCAAAAGUUUUAAAGAUCUUAAAUCAAAAAUAUUUUUUCGAUGACUUUAUUUGUCAAAUUGAGGUCAUUUGGGAAAUCCACUCAAAUGGAAUGUCACAAAAAUUUGGCAGCUUUCAGUAUUGAUGACAUGAUUUUGGAACCAAGAUGCUGGUUCUAAGUGAGGGUCACGGAAGAAACCCAAAAACAUGACCAUCUGUUGGAAAUCUCUCACAGGGCACCAGCAUCAGAAGUGAAGUUACAGUUGUCCCAGUGUAGGGUUAUAUAAUUGGUAGUCCUAGCAAAAUCAUCAUGUCAGUCCCUGCUAAUUAAGUGUGCGACUCGUAGACUCAAUCUUGUCACACUGUAUGUUGUAUGUUCGCUCUGCAAUUUCGCAUUUAAAAAGAUAAUGUACAUUUUGUUAAUUUCAUAGAGAAGAAUAUUGUAUAUUGGUUCACUUAAAACAAUAUUCAAGAUAAUUGUGUAUGUGUGGUUAAUGUUACCUCUUUUCAGCCAUUUUAUGUCUGUCAUUUAGAAUUUCCUAUUGACCUAUAAAUUUCCAUACUUUCCAUACAUACAGACUUUUCGAAAACUGUGCAGAAGAAAUCUGAAAUAAAGUUGUUGUGUCAUGACUUGUAUGAGCAAUAAUCUGGCGAGUCAUGACUUGUAUGAACAAUAAUCUGGCAAGUCAUGACUUGUAUGAGCAAUAAUCUGGCAAGUCAUGACUUGUAUGAGCAACUGUAUGGCAACUCAUGACUUGUAUAAGCAAUUAUCUGGCAAGUCAUGACUUGUAUGAGCAAUAAUCUGGCAAGUCAUGACUUGUAUGAGCAACUGUAUGGCAACUCAUGACUUGUAUGAGCAAUUAUCUGGCAAGUCAUGACUUGUAUGAACAAUAAUCUGGCAAGUCAUGACUUGUAUGAGCAACUGUAUGGCAACUCAUGACUUGUAUGAGCAAUUUUGCAAAAAAACUCUUGACUUUAUGAAGAAGUCUCUGAAAGUACUGUUCCACUAUUUAAGUUAUUCAGUGACAGGUUUUUGUUUUAGAAUGGCUGAAAAGAGUUUAUAAUUGGUUACAGUUAAGCUCUUAUGUUGAGUUUUUUCGGAUUCCUUGCCAAUGGCUUAUCCAUUUAGUCGAUGUACAGAUUAGUCGUUUUCCACUGGCUUUGCUGACCGGGACGCAAAGUUUUUGUCACUUUGUGACUAUUUACCAGAUGUGGAGUAGAAAUUCAAUGGCAAAACCUUUGUAGAAUUCCGUCAGCGACCUGGAAAUGGUUGUUGCUAAACAUAAGUUGGGAGUUUUUCUCAUUUUCUCUUGUACUCCGGCACUCUAGGGGGUAUACAGGGUGGUAUUAAUCUUUCAAAAAUAGUUGAGCAACAGCCACGUCCAUUUGUUUUCCUGUUGAUGACUGAGGUACCAUACCAAAUAUCCCUCGAAUAUCAGCAUGAGAGACUCGCAAGUUACUUUAUGAUGUGCUCUCUGACUAUGAGUUUGAAAACAAUUUGAUUGAGAAAUUAAGGCAGAUCAAGUAUUCUUUCAGAAAGGAAGCUAGGAUGUGGUCUCUGAGAGAGAAGAAUUUAUUGGCUUUUAAAGGGGCAUUAUUGUGAUGCCCUUCAUCACAUCCUUUUAGGGACUAGGCUAACAUCUAAUUAAGGAGUGAAGUCUUGUUUUGAAGAUAAUCUGACGUCAAUCGACAGGCAAACUAUUGUGUAAAUUGUACAUUCACUGUGUAUUUCAAGACAGAAUUUAUGGUUAUUCUGAUGUUUCAAAGUUUAAAUGUCUGACAAUCACAGUCGUAUUAUUUGCUUUAAGAGAAUAUGGUGUUCAGUAGUGUUUGUAAUGUUAGCAAUUAAUUGCUUUUUGAAAAACCAUCAACGGUCUGGACGUUUUUUCAUUAUUUGGCCUAUUGCCUCAAUUAAAAACACAAUUACUGUAAAGCAGCCACACCUUUCUACAUCUGAAAUGGUAUGUUGUUACAUAAUCCAGACGCUACCACCUCAACGGAUCCUGACCGCUUUUACAGUAGUGCUCACAAAGAACUUCCAUACUGUACCUGAAAUCAAGCUGCUCUGGAUUUCACUCUGGGCAUGUGAACUUCUAUUCGGAUGUUUGUUUGGGUCACUUUGUAUUAAACAAGACCUGCUUUGCUUAUUUCCCUUUAACUUUAUUGAUGAUAAUCAUAUUCGAUGUUCACCUCAUUAUGAUAGUAAGUGUAUUUGACAAUCCCUCGUUAUUGUUGUAUAUAAUGCUAGCAGUAUAUUGGUUUCUUAACCCGCGGACAGACUAGCGCAGAAACUACAAAGUUAGCUUGGCCAAAUAGGGAGUUUUCAUUUUCACCCUCUCUCUCUGUAUGCCUGCUAUGCAUUACUAUACCUCAGGGCUAGUCUGUCAGUGGCUUUACUUUGCUUUUUAUUACGUGUCCCUCCUUGCCAACUUCACAUUCGACCACAAAAGAUAUAGAAGAUUUUUGCUUUUGAGGUGGAUACUUUCGGUGAUAUAAUCUCAGUUUGAGAAUUUUUAAGAAUUCAAGGCCAAAGACAAUUUUUUGUGUGUUUUUCUGUAGUGUAUUUGCAAUAAUUAUCGCGAAAAAUAAAACGCCCAGGAAAAUUCAGCGUUUUACUGUGUCACUUCAUAAGGGACCUUGCACCAUGCUAAGAACCCCAUGUUUACUGUCCAUGUCAUCAAAACAUUGUAUGCCAAGAUGCUUUGCUCUAGCUGGCAGAGAAAGAGACAAAAGGCAGGCUAUCCGCAUUGGGAAUUUUUGGACUUUUUCUCACAGCCUCGACCUGAAGGGGUUAAACUGCAUUUGUGUCUUUUGUUUGGUCGACUAUUUCAUCCCUCCAUUACCACUAAGAUUACUAAAACUUGUUCUCAUUUCGAUUGGUGAAAAAUUUUAAUCAUGUUCAAACUACAUGAAUGUUGUGUCCUAAUUUCAUCUCGUAAUAAUCACAGUUUUAUCCUCAUGAUCAUAAAAUAUUGUGCACACGGGCGACUUGGGUGAAACAGUUGAAGCAACUGAAAAUUUACAAUCUGAGACAGAAAACUCUUCAGAAGACUUAUCAGCAAUAUCAACAAAAGCUAUAUUUUCUGUGGCUUGGCGACUACUUGUGUCGCCCGUGUGCGCUGUACCUUACUUGUUUCAUGGCAGAGUAUGUAUCAUAAUGAAUUCGGGUUUUAACAUAUUUCAAUAAAACUUUGUCAAAAUAA